GUUCUCAGAAGCAUUAUCAAAUUAAGUUAAAUUAGCCAAUAUUCGCCAGCAAUUCUAAUUACCCACUACUCACAGUUGCUCAGCUCAUUUCUAUCAAAUUCAAGCCAUCAUACAGCAGAUACUUCAUUUUGAUGUGGCUCUUUCCACCAAACAUGAUAGAAAACAGAUCAGGCAGAGCAUUCGACAGAUCUAUACCUAUGUCAAUCGAAGGUCAGGAGCUUGGUCAAGUUUGAUACCCGCUUCCUCCACCAGGUGGGGAAACCAUCUCAGGAUCCUGUCCCGGAAAACUUCGUAACCCGCCCCCAUGCGUACGACUCGCAUGUUCUCAACAUCAAAGUUGACCCCGCCCCGACCGUAUAUGUGCCACUUCUGCAGGCCGUAGUCAACGAUUAGAUCGACGCUUUCACGGACGGGGGGUUCAAUGUCUUCAACGCGGAACCGCUGCCCUUGACCGGUCAGAUUUGCAGAGGUUCCAAACAUUAAAAUACCCUGAGGGUCUUCGUCACAAAGCCGGCCGAGUUCUUGCAAGAAUCGGCCUUCUGGAACGGCAAUACUGAUCGUAUCUCCCUUAGUAACUUGAGAGAACGUGGCCUUGUCCAGAGCUGCGAGGCGCGGGUGCAGACUAUGAGAAUUGAAUUUCGCGAUAAGUCCCACAAUCAUCCCCAAGUCUUCUGUCACUACACGGGUCAUUUCAAAUUUCGAUUCCGGUAAAACGUGGAGCUCCCGAUGCUGUCGAUACGUUCCAAUAAUUCCAAUAUUAUGAUUAGGUUGGCGGAGCUUCGAAGCAAAGAUCCGCUGGAUACCCUCUUGAGUGCUGGUCAUGAGUGCAUAGCCAACAUCCGUCGGGGCGAUGAUAACACCCCCGGACUUGAGAGUGCCGUACGCUUGUUGGGCAUCGUGGGAUAUACUUGGUGCACUACCUGGAGAUGGAACAACGCGAGGCGCCAUAGAAAAGAUUAGAUGCGAUCAAAUCUGCAUAGAGGGAGGGCAAGGCCAUGCAAAGCUUUGUUGUGUGCAUGUACUGUACCCUCCUCUCCUUGAGUCAAGAAGCAGCUAGGAGUUCUAUGAAUUUAGAGCACUCAACCAUGAGCUAGUUAAACAACACAAGGGUCUACGAAUCAGCGUAUCAGUUUGAAUGGAGCUUUAAUCAUAAGAGUUGAUUGAACAUGUUCUAAACCUCGGCCGGAUAAGUUAAACUUACGGCGGGGUUCUUCAUUCAACCAAAACUACGUCAUUCCUCGCUGGAUAGGAUACCACUGUUGAUUUCUGUAUUAUUUCCUAGACCCUUUCCCUUAAACAACUCCAAUCACAACCCAGGAUUUCGGCUGGUGAGAGUGAGUGCACUACUAGUGAUAGGCCGGAGUUGUUGUUCUAUUAUUAGUCGAAUAACCACCCACCUGGAACGUACAUGAAUGGGGAUGGCAGGUGAGGUUAUGAUAGGAAGGCAGAAGAUCCCUUACACGGAUACAAACACCUGAACAGACAUCUCUGGCUAAUUAACUGUAUGGUCUCUUGUUAGUAUCAGCCAUGUUAACCGCAGCGAAGCCGUCGACUCACCACAGAGCCACGCUCCUGUCUCUUCCAAACGAGCUCAUCCAACUUAUUCUCGAUCUCUUCCCGAUCCGCUCCCUCCUCCCUCUAACCCUUGUCUGCCAUCGCAUCCAUGACAUCAUCACGCGCCUCAUCCAUUACCGCCUGAAUGCCCUCGUCUCAGCUAUCGAACCCGAUAACAUAUUCCUCGAAUGCUACCACCCAGUCUGCAAACCCGUAGGGCGGUAUUUGAAAUGCGCGCAUUUGCACACUGACGUCCUAACUAACGGCGCAUGCCCCCACAGCAAUGACACCACACAGAAGGACUGGCAUCUCCAUCGCAGCCAAAUUGACUCGUCAAAGUUUUCAUCAGUAGGAUAUCUGGGCCGUUUGAAAGAGUCCUACACCCACUUUCAUCCGCUGUGUCAUACUGGACCGUGGAUCAACACCAACAUGCACACGGCUCCUCCGCCGCGGUACAUACCAGUGGGCUCUCUGAGUUCGGAACAAACUCAUAGCACGCUCAUCAGAGGCUCCAUUUUUCUUGAUGAGAAUGAGUUAUUCUCGCAGCUUAUUACAGGGGUUUGGCUUGGGAGACAGAAUCGGCAGAUAUGUCUACUUGAUGGUGGUGUUUUAAGACUUUGGAGACAGUGGUUGGGAGAUAUGGAUAGGAGAGGGAAAUUCGCAGGAAAAAUGGCAUCGACAAGCCCGGCCAAAGGCUAUGGUGGUGGUGGUGGUGGCAAGAGUUACUAUACAUUGGAGGUAAGGAGCGAGAAUCGUGGUGGAGAGUCACCGGUUUAUCCCUUGGAAGACCAUAGCGUCGUCUGGCUUGGAGAAAAACGGGCUGGACUCAAGUUUCGCGCCUGUCAACAGAGGCGAACGGAAAACCUGUCGUUUACAGAUGAUUCUGGGAGUGAUGAGGCCGAUGAAGGCGACAAUGACGAUGGGAAUAACCCUGUCUGUUACGACGUUGAGAUUGAAGAGCUUCUUGUGCGGACUACGACCCUCUUGCUGGCGGCGGAUAAGGGCUUUUGGGUACAAUAAUGGUUGGGAUACUUAGAUUUCGGUAUAAAAUCGCGCCCACGCAUAUAGGGGCAAUGGAAGGUUGGGUUAGUUAGGGGAAGCGAUUGAUUGCUGUAGUUAAAUAAGACAAGCAUUCCUUCCAGUCUACCAAGCCGGUCUAGCUACCCAGGGUUUGAGGCCUCAUAGCAGAUGAAACUCAAGAAUUUCCCCCUUUCCCUAAUUCUCGAAUUUCAAGCCCCCCUCCUCUCUCACCACCCCAUAAAUGGUCGAAAGGUCUCCCUUCUCCCCCUUAUGCUUCUUGAUACCUUGCAAAUACCCAUCCCAUCCGCCAGCUCAAGCCCUUUCAUCCCCACACCAACAGCGCUCGCCACAUCCAUUGCAUGCCUCGCAUCCCUCCGGGCCAAAUCUAUCGCAAACAACGGCUCCUCACGCCUAUGGUAUUCCCCCAAGCGUAUGCGGUUGGAAUAGGCGACAUAGGAACCCGGAUACAUCAGUUCGAGAAAGUUGUGCAGUGAGUCAACACCAAGGCCAGAUUUCUCAGCUAUCGUCAUUGCCUCGGCGACUGCAUCCACCAUAUUUAGGCCUAGCGAGUUACCUAGGACUUUGAGCAAGCUUGCUCGUCUAGGGUCUACAGCUGGCUCCUCCUCGUCAUUAUCGUCAUUGCCAGCUGGGCCACCGGUUGGUGAAGUUGACAGGUCUAGAUUUGCCCGCCCCAUAACGCCCGCGCAGAAUGGCUUAACCCUUUCCACCAACUCCAUCUUCCCAGCCAGCACGCAUAUCAGUUAUCCUGCAUCAGCGGCGGGAGGGGUGCCAAAGACAGGGCAUGCCACGAACAACCCUCCAUGUGACUCUACUAAGUUUGCUACACGCCGUGUAGUGUCCGGGUGUACCGGUGAGCAGUCUAUGAAUAGCUUUCCGGCUAUGUUGCAGGUGCUUAUAGCUGUUUAAAGUGUUUCAAUGACGGCGUGAUCGUCUGAGAAACAGGUGAAGAUGAUUGUGGAAGAUCCGACGGCUUCUGUGACGGUUGGGGCAAUGGUGACGGGUCUGGCCAGCGUGGAAGCUACGUCCCUUGCGCGAGAUUGGGUUCUGUUGAGACUAUUAGGGGAGUUUGGAGGGGAUAUUUGGCGACGAGGUUCCUGACCAUCCCCUGGAUCUGAAGUGGGUUUGGUUAGUUGUAUACAAAGCUAUUUCUUGGGCCUUUAAAUAUAGCUCUCUACAUACCCGUCCCAUAUUCCCCAGACCAAUCCAGGCUACUUGUUCUGCCAUGUUUUGUUACUAGCAAGGAAUGUAUGCUAUUUUUUGAGGGGUGUUGUCGAUGAUUGAGCAGUUGUUGCUGUUCAAUGCUGCUGGUCACGCCUAUCUGUCUCUCUCUGCUACAACCUAUCCGCAACUCCCAAGUCAUCAUAGCUGCCGGAGCCUCAUAUAUCUCCGAACCCCCCCCCUAGUGCGGCAAACUUCGCUAUUUCUUGAAAAUAGAGGCCAUGAGUUCUGUUCUCAUUACCAUAAGACUCAAUUUCCAUAAUUCGGUUUGAGCUUUUUACCUGCCAAAAUUUCGAGGAAUUGAAAACUUGGCUUCACUCUUCUCACUUCUUAAAGCUCUUCAGAUUGCACUACUUACUACUUUAACAGGCCCUUCCCAAAUCUCGCUGCCCGCCACACCGUCCUGUACACACCCAUCACCACUAGAAACUAGAUCUUUGCCCAACAAUUUAUCCAGCGAGUCCGCUACUAGGGGUGCGAUGUUUGGCAAACUGUGAUAUAUUAAGGGCGCCAAGGUAGGGGUAGAAUUUACCAGAUAUGCUCCAAUUGCAGCUUCCAUGCGCCUCCAGGACACUCAGAGAGGGACAAAAGCGAAGGGAUUCGGGCCUUCUGUGCGCUCGCGCUUGACGGAAUUGGAAUUUUAUAUGCACCCCAGGUGUUGUUAAUAUGAGACUGGUUCACAUCCGGAAAUCGCUCAUCUGCAGAAUAUUCCUCUGUACUCACUAGAAAACCAAAGAAAGAAAAGAAACUACAAUAACAGGGCUAAAUUCCUCCUUAGGAGUGAAAAAAACAGGGGAGGAAU